AUGGGUUUAUUAUACAAAUCACCACCACAAAAUAUUAUAAGCAUCACAAGAAGAGGUUUAUGUGUGAAAAUAAGAACAGGAGCCGAAAGCGAGAGCAUAAUAAUGGAGAAAUUGAGUAUCAAAGCCGUCAAUAACCCUAAACCAGUGAAUGCCAAAUUUUUGCCCAAACCCGCCUAUGAGAUCUUCGAAUUUUCCACUCUCCCCAGAAAUCAAUUCUCGAAUUCCAGGGCAUUUUCUGCGCUCCCAUCUCCAUCACCGUCUUAUGCGGAAGAUUUCGAUUAUAAGGCCCCAAAUUUCGAUCUGAACCCCAUUUUGGAGGAGUUAAAGGAAAAUGAGGACAUUGUAAAAAUCUUAGUGAAAGCUUUUUUCCUUUGCACCAGCCACCAGGUUUAUGGUGAAGGUGAAGAAUCUAGCUCAAAGGAGAAAAGGGAAAAAGAAGUAAUAGAGGAUGCACGUGCACGUGCGGAGAGGUUAAGAUCCUACAAAGCUGAUCUCCAGAAAAUUAAGAAAGAGAAGGAAGAGGCAGAACAAAAGCGCCUUGAAGCAUUAAAGCUUAAGAGGCAAAAGAGAAUUGUGAGAGGCAGCUCCACAUCUGUGAUAUUAUCAGUACUCUCACCGCAGAUAGCACAAGUUUUGAACAGGAUGAUAUUGGAGGGUGUACUGCUUCUUCGAUGGCUUCUUGUUGUACAAUGCUUGGCUAUUCCUAGCAAGCUUCCUCCAAGGCUGGCCAGACUAGUUGUCUACAAGAAAAAACCAACCGCCUAUGAAUUGACGUUGUUCUUAUGGAAGCAUUGA